AUGAACGCGCACGCUGCGUCUCAAACUGCCGAACACAGUCCUCACAGUCGCCGCCCGAUCGCGCGGCCUCGCUACCGCGUUUCCGCAGUAGCGGCGGCAGCCGCAAUUGAGGUCGCGAGGGUAAUCAGAAACGACUGCUCCCCGUUUCCCCUUCGCGCCUCCCCGUUUCCCCUUCCCGCCUCCCCAAUUCCCCUUCCCGCCGCCCCAUUUCCUCUUCCCGCUCCCCAUUACCCCUUCGCGCCUCCCCAUUUCCCCUUCCCGCUCCCCAUUACCCCUUCCCGCCUCCCCAAUUCCCCUUCCCGCCACCCCAUUUCCUCUUCCCGCUCCCCAUUACCCCUUCCCGCCUCCCCGUUUCCCCUUCCCGCCUCCCCGUUAUCCCUUCCCGCCUCCCCGUUUUCCCUUCCCGCUCCCCAUUACCCCUUCGCGCCUCCCCGUUUCCCCUUCCCGCCUCCCCAAUUCCCGUUCCCGCCACCCCAUUUCCUCUUCCCGCUCCCCAUUACCCCUUCCCGCCUCCCCGUUUCCCCUACCCGCCUCCCCGUUACCCCUUCCCGCCUCCCCGUUUUCCCUUCCCGCUCCCCAUUACCCCUUCGCGCCUCCCCGUUUCCCCUUCCCGCCUCCCCAAUUCCCCUUCCCGCCACCCCAUUUCCUCUUCCCGCUCCCCAUUACCCCUUCCCGCCUCCCCAUUACCCCUUCGCGCCUCCCCGUUUCCCCUUCCCGCCUCCCCAAUUCCCCUUCCCGCCACCCCAUUUCCUCUUCCCGCUCCCCAUUACCCCUUCCCGCUCCCCAUUACCCCUUCCCGCCUCCCCGUUUCCCCUUCCCGCUCCCCAUUACCCCUUCGCGCCUCCCCGUUUCCCCUUCCCGCCUCCCCAAUUCCCCUUCCCGCCACCCCAUUUCCUCUUCCCGCUCCCCAUUACCCCUUCUCGCCUCCCCAUUACCCCUUCCCGCCUCCCCGUUUCCCUUUCCCGCCUACCGAUCCUCUCUUCCUACCAGCCCAUCUCCCUCACAUUAUCUGCACUCUCCUCUCUCCUACCCUCUUAUCACCUUCCCUCCUCGCUUCCUGCACUUCGUUAUCUGCGCGUGCUCCUCCCACCUCCCCGGGCGGGCUCUUCUAGCCGACCCGCCACCCUUUCUCUCCCCUUCCCUCUCCCUGCCUAUGCACCUCCUAUCCCUGCCUAUGCACCUCCUAUCCCUGCCUAUGCAUCUCCUUUCCCUACCUAUGCAUCUCCUUUCCCUACCUAUGCAUCUCUCGUCCUUGCCUUCACAUCACCCCUCCAUGCCCUUGCAACCAUCUCUCCCGCCUCCCCUACCUGCCUUCAAAACCCUUCUUUCACCUGCCAUAACUUUUCAUCCACUCCCAUCCCCUUCAAGCCCCUCCCAUCCCAUCCCCUUCCAGUCCCUCCCAUCCCAUUUCAAACCCUUCCAUUCCCCUUCCAGUCCCUCCCAUCCCAUUUCAAACCCUUCCAUUCCCCUUCCAGUCCCUCCCAUCCCAUUUCAAACCCUUCCAUUCCCCUUCCAGUCCCUCCCAUCCCAUUUCAAACCCUUUCAUUCCCCUUCCAGCCCCUCCCAUCCCAUCCCCUUACAGCCCCUCCCAUCCCCUUCCAGCCCCUCCCAUCCUUUGCAGGUGACGAGGAUAGGGUUGAAAAUGAUGAGGAUGAAUGUGACAUUGAGGGGUGCGAAAGAGAACGGGAAUUGCCCAUCGAGAUAGAUUUUGCAAUGAGGGCGUGA